AAAAUAAAAAUAAAAUUAUUGAGGCACAAAAAGGGGAAUAUUAGUAUAUCACUCGAAGAAUCCACAAUCAUCAUCUUCAUCAAUCGACGACCCUAGGCGUGUAGCGCGCGUGCUCCUCCAUUUUCUCUUUAACACUCCUUCCUUGGUCUUCACUUCAAGAUGUCAGAACCACCCUUUAGACCACGAGAGAAGCUUGUUGAGAAGCAAAAGCAUUUCCAGAGUAUCCCCAAGCACACAUACUUGAAAGGGCGAUAUGAUAAGAUUACAUCUGUAGCAAUACCACUUGCUUUGGCAGCGACUUCGUUGUUUAUGAUUGGACGAGGGAUCUAUAACAUGUCACAUGGAAUUGGCAAGAAAGAAUGACUUGGGAGUUUCUGUUUGAGGAACUGGGUGUUUAGCAGCAGACUUCACAGAACUUCAAUAUGUACCAAAGAUUUUCUUUAAUGUUAUGUUUGGUGCCUUAUUAAAUUUGCUUAGUUACAGACUUUGAUCACCAAUGGAGGUUUAGACGUGAAUGUAUAUGGCUCUUUGUUUGUAUGAUGUAACUGAUAGGUGAUUUCAUGCUUGUUGUGUGAUGAAUGGAUAUGCCCUUAUACUUUAA